AUGGAUCCAGCUUCCAAAUCUGCUUUCGUUGAAGUUAAACAACCAUCACUUUAUCCACCAAUGCCAUGUUUCCACCCGGUUACUAAUCAAAAUUCAAAAAUGGAGUCUCUCUUUUCUUCUCACUAUACACCAAAUCAUCGAUUUGAUUUUAAUCAACAAACGCCAAUGCAAUCAAAUCAUUCUUACCUUUCUUCUUAUUCCAAUGCUGCUAAAUCGGUAAUGGCUAAUACGCCGCUAGCAGUUACUCCAUAUGUUAGCAAUUCAAGCGGUCCUUAUUCAUCCAUAUCAAAUCAAUUAGCAAAUAGUGUUACUGUUGGAAAUAACAGCGGUGGUAAUAACAGUAGCAGUAGUAGUCUUGCUAGUAAUAAUACUAGCAGCCACGCGAAUGGGACCAAUAGUACAAGCAGCAACAGCAGUAAUGGACAUCAUCAUUCGCAAGAGAAAACAGGCAAUCAUAAACCAAGAAAUAAUAAAGGAAAAAAGAAUCGUAAACCCCGCACCAUCUUUACCAGUGCACAAUUAAACGAAUUAAAUAACCGAUUUCGUCUAUCGCAUUAUUUGGGAUUACCAGAACGAGCAGAUUUAGCUGCUUCACUUGGCCUAACACAAACUCAAGUCAAAAUAUGGUUUCAAAAUAGGCGAUCUAAGCUGAAAAAAUCAACUGGAGGCCGCGGUUAUCCGUCAUCUCAUUCUUUGUCCAAUCAAUUAAUGCAAAAUCAAUCGUGGAAUAUUCAAUCACAUCAUAAUAGUAGUUUUCCGUCUAUUGCUCACGCACAAGCUGCAGCCCAACCCUGGUAUAUGCAUAAUCCUUCCGUCAUCCAUAGUAUUCCAUCGCAAGCUGUGGAAUCACUCCAAGCUUCUCAACAUCAACUCUUUCCCAAUUAAAUUAUAAAUCCACGCUAAAUGUAGCAAGGCAUUGACAGGUCGUUUAGCUAUGACAAAUUUAU